CGCUUCUCGCGCGCCAUGGUCUUCGCUGUUGAGGAGAUUAACAACAGUUCAUAACUGCUACCGGGUGUCACGCUUGGUUAUCAAUUGUACGACUCCUGCUCCUUGGUCCCUAUGGCCGUGAAAGUGGCCUUCCAGCUGGCUAACGGCCUGGACCCCAUGUUUGAUACCGGAGAACAGUGCUCUGGUUCGGCUACAGUGACAGCUAUUGUUGGCGAGUCUGCCUCGACGCCUACCAUCAGCAUGUUGCGCAUCAUAGGCCAAUUCGGCAUUCCUCAGGUGAGCCACUAUGCCAGCUGUGCUUGUCUGAGUGAUAAGAAACAGUAUCCAACCUUCUUCAGAACCAUCCCCAGUGAUAAGUUCCAGGCCGCCGCACUGGCCCACCUCAUCAGGCACUUCGGCUGGACCUGGAUUGGGGCGGUCCGUUCCGACUCUGACUACGGUAAUAACGGGAUGGCGGCUUUCCUACAGGCAGCACAAGAGGAAGGCAUCUGUGUGGAAUAUUCUGAAGCCUUCUCCCGUACCAACCCACUCAGCAGAGUGCAACGGGUGGCCGAUGUGAUCCGCAGCUCCACAGCCCAGGUGGUGGUUGCAUUCGUAGCCUCUGGGGACAUGAGAAUCCUGCUGGAGGAGAUGGACCGCCUGCCCUCUCCGCCCCGCCAGUGGAUCGGGAGCGAGACCUGGGUCACUAACCCAGAUAUGCUGCGCUUCGGCCUGUGUGCCGGGGCCAUCGGAUUUGGCAUCCAACGCUCUGUCAUCCCCGGCCUCAGGGACUUCCUCCUGGACCUCUCCCCACAGAAGGUGUCCAACUCUCCCAUGUUCACUGAGUUCUGGGAGGGAGCCUUUGGCUGUAGACUGGGAUAGGAGAAGGUGUGUGAUGGCAGUGAGGAUAUACAGCAGCUACAGACCCCCUACACAGAUACAUCUCAGCUACGUAUCACUCACAUGGUGUAUAAAGCUGUUUACGCCAUAGCACACGCCAUCCACAGCAUUGUUUGCGAAGAGAGAGAAAACUCCACUGUGAACUGUGUCAUAAACCUUCAUGUGAAGCCAACACAGGUCCUGGAGAGAUUGAGGAGGGUGAACUUCUCUCGUAAUGGGUACCAGGUGUCUUUCGAUGCCAACGGGGACCCAGUGGCCACCUAUGAGCUGGUCAACUGGCAGAGACGGGAGAGUGGGAAGAUGGAGUUUGUGACAGUGGGGCGCUAUGAUGCGUCCCUGCCUCCUGACCAGAGGUUUGACAUGGAGAGGGAAAUCACCUGGGUAAAGAACAGUACACAAGUACCUCUGUCAGUGUGCAGUGAGAGCUGUCCCCGAGGCACUCGUAAGGCUGUACAGAAGGGAAAGCCUGUAUGCUGUUAUGACUGUAUCCAAUGUGCAGAGGGAGAGAUCAGUAAUAAAACAGUUUCGCUCGCCGGGCUGAACUUCUUCGAAAAGAAGGCACAGGGGCGGAGCGUCGGUGUGAGAGCUUCGGACGGGGACUUUGUCAUCGGGGGUGUUUUCUCCAUCCAUUACUACAUGCACACUGUGGAUCACAGCUACACCAGCAUGCCUGAGCCCCUGCAGUGCACAGGGAGUAUGGAUUCCCGUCAGUUGCGUUUCUCGCGCGCCAUGAUCUUCGCAGUUGAGGAGAUAAACAACAGUUCAUACCUGCUACCGGGUGUCACACUUGGUUAUCAAGUGCACGACUCCUGCAACUCGGUCCCUAUGGCCGUGAAAGUGGCCUUCCAGCUGGCUAAUGGCCUGGACCCCAUGUUUGAUACCGGAGAACAGUGCUCGGGGUCGGCUACAGUGACAGCUAUCAUUGGCGAGUCUGCCUCCACGCCUACCAUCAGCAUGUUGCGCAUCAUCGGCCCUUUAGGCAUUCCUCAGGUGAGUCACUCUUCCACCUGUGCGUGUCUGAGUGAUAAGAAACAGUAUCCAACCUUCUUCAGAACCAUCCCCAGUGACCAGUUCCAGGCUGCCGCUCUGGCCCACCUCAUCAGGCACUUCGGCUGGACCUGGAUUGGGGCGGUCCGUUCCGACUCUGACUACGGUAAUAACGGGAUGGCGGCUUUCCUACAGGCAGCACAAGAGGAAGGCAUCUGUGUGGAGUAUUCUGAAGCCUUCUACCGUACCAACCCACUCAGCAGAGUGCAACGGGUGGCCGACGUGAUCCGCAGCUCCACAGCCCGGGUGGUGGUUGCAUUCGUAUCCUCUUGGGACAUGCGAACCCUGCUGGAGGAGAUGGACCGCCUGCCCUCUCCCCCCCGCCAGUGGAUCGGGAGUGAGUCCUGGGUCACUAACCCAGAUAUGCUGCGCUUCGGCCUGUGUGCCGGGGCCAUCGGAUUUGGCAUCCAACGCUCUGUCAUCCCCGGCCUCAGGGACUUCCUCCUGGACCUCUCCCCACAGAAGGUGUCCAACUCUCCCCUGCUCACAGAGUUCUGGGAGGGAGCCUUUGGCUGUAGGCUGGGGAAAGGUGUUGGGGUUGAGGAGAAGGUGUGUGAUGGCAGUGAGGAUAUACAGCAGCUACAGGUCCCCUACACAGAUACAUCUCAGCUGCGUGUCACUAACAUGGUGUAUAAAGCUGUUUAUGCCAUAGCACACGCCAUCCACAGCAUUGUCCUGGAGAGAUUGAGGAGGGUGAACUUCUCUCGUAAUGGGUACCAGGUGUCUUUCGAUGCCAACGGGGACCCAGUGGCCACCUAUGAGCUGGUCAACUGGCAGAGACGGGAGAGUGGGAAGAUGAAGUUUGUGACAGUGGGGCGCUAUGAUGCGUCCCUGGCUCCUGACCAGAGGCUUGACAUCGAGAAGGAAAUCACCUGGGUAAAGAACAGUACACAAGUACCUGUGUCAGUUUGCAGUGAGAGCUGUCCCCCAGGCACUCGUAAGGCUAUACAGAAAGGAAAGCCUGUAUGCUGUUAUGACUGUAUCCAAUGUGGAGAGGGAGAGAUCAGUAAUAACACAGAUUCUUCAGACUGUCUGAUCUGUCCCGAGGAGUACUGGCCCAACGCUGAGAGAGACCGCUGUAUCCUUAAGCCUGUGGAGUUCCUGUCCUUCCACGAGGUCCUCGGAAUCAUCCUGACCGCCUGCUCUGUGGGCGGGGCUUGUCUGGCCAUUGCUACGGCAACCAUCUUCUACCGCCACCGGACUUCAGCCAUCGUCAGGGCCAACAACUCUGAGCUGAGCUUCCUGCUUCUCUUCUCCUUGACUCUGUGUUUUCUGUGUUCUCUUACCUUCAUUGGCCGGCCCUCUGAAUUGUCCUGUAUGCUGCGUCACACAGUGUUUGGGAUCACCUUCGUACUCUGCAUCUCUUGUGUUCUGGGGAAAACAAUAGUGGUGUUGAUGGCCUUCAGGGCUACGCUUCCAGCCAGUAAUGAUGAAAUGGUUUGGUCCUCCACAGCAGAGAUUGACUGUAGUGUCCUUCACAUUUGCCAGGCUUUGAUAUGCACUCUGUGGUUGGUCCUGUCCCCUCCCUUCCCCAUUAAAAACCUCACUACCUACAAGGAAAAGAUCAUUCUUGAGUGUGAUGUGGGUUCAGCUAUUGGUUUCUGGGCUGUGUUGAGCUAUAUUGGUCUCCUGGCUCUCUUGUGCUUUGUGCUGGCUUUUCUGGCUCGGAAGCUGCCUGAUAACUUCAAUGAGGCCAAAUUCAUCACCUUCAGCAUGCUCAUAUUCUGUGCAGUCUGGAUCACCUUUAUCCCAGCUUAUGUCAGCUCUCCUGGGAAGUUCACAGUAGCUGUGGAGAUCUUUGCCAUCAUCACCUCUAGCUUUGGGUUGUUCUUUCUAUUAUUUGUUCCUAAAUGCUUUAUUAUUCUGUUCAGGCCGGAGAAGAACACCAAGAAACACCUUAUGGAGAAGACAUCCAAUGAUAUACGUUAUUAAGAAAUGAUUGAGGGGAAAAUACAUUGUAGCGUUCAGUUAUAUGGUGAAUUAUAUAGUUAGGUAGGACUACUCUGAAAGAGAUGACCAACAAUUUAGCAUCUAAUCAUUGGUAACAUUGUAAUGAGUAACUUGACACAGGUUCACUUUAGAUAUUCCAAUGUUAUGAGAGAUUGUUCAAAUCUAGAGUAUUUAAAUCUAAUUUGACCUGCUAAAUGAUGUGAUUAGCAGUAGCCUACAGAGUGGAACCACUUCCAUGUUGUUUGGAG